AAUCCAACGCCCGUGGCGCCGAGGGUGGUAGAAGUUGCUUUGAAACCCUAAAAUCUCUGGCUCGGCGAAAAGAGCAGGUUACCCAUGAAGAAGUAGACUUAGAAUGGACCCUCUCCAUGCCUUUAACGCUGCCUUCCGAAAAGCGGCAAAAUUGCCCUUUGUCAGUUGUCUUGCCACUCCUUUUAAGAGCGUCCGCUACUUCUCCACGCAGAAAAAAACGCCGUUGUUGGAAGAUCAGCCUCUCAAGGAAGUCAGCAACGAAGAAACGGCAGCUUUGCAGCCUGGCCGUUCCCCGGAAGCGUCGAAACGUCAGGAAACUCGCCAGUUGAACUCCACACCGCAUCCCCGUGGGAAAACCAACCACCAGGGUGAUGUUCCUGAGAAUAAACCCUUCCCAAAAUUCCGCACCAAAGCUCUGCCAUCCACCAUUAAGGAAGAAUUCCGGAACCUGAGAAAUGACGACUUUGUCUCCAAGCAGAAAAAGCCGCAGAGACAUCUUUGUCUGCCAGAAAGGAAUCAAGGCUCGGAGAUCUUGUUUGGGACAUCCCCCUGCUCCUUGGCCCUUGGAAGGUCCAAGAGGAGGUUUUUCCAGCUCUUCCUCAAAGCGAGUCGAGAUGGAACAUCUCCUGGGGCAGAAAAGUUCUCCCAGUAUGCCGAGGAACGUGGCAUCCCGGUGAAAAGGGUGCAGAAGAAGGUCUUGGACGCCCUUUGUAAAGGGGGAGUCCAUCAGGGUGUGUGUUUGGAAGCCUCCCCUCUUCGCCCCCUGGCAUGGCAGGAAGGGCCACUCCACCGAGCCCCGGUUGGCAAGGGGUCGCAGCGCAUCUGGCUGGUUUUGGAAGGGAUACACGAUCCCAUGAAUUUGGGGGCGGUCCUGCGUACAGCGCACUUCCUAGGGGUGGACGGGAUGGUGAUGAGUCAAAGGAACAGCUGCUCCCUGACGCCCGUGGUUAGCAAAGCCAGCUCUGGCGUCAUGGAGGUUUUCGAUGUGUUUAGCACUGAUGAUGUUCAAGAACUUCUUAAGGCAAAAUCCGAAGAAGGCUGGGAAAUUCUCGGGACGGUUGGCCACCGAAAGAUUCCGGAAGACAUUCCGGUGGCUUCUUGCUCAGACUUUCGCUGGACUGAACCCACCGUACUGUUACUCGGCAUUCUUUUGCAUGCCAUAUGCAACCAGAGAAAUAACCACCCCAGAGUUACUGCAUCUGAAGGCGAAGGAGCAGAGUCUACGGCUGCAACAGACUGCAACCAGAAGAACGAGCCAACAAACAUCCUGGCCUAGAAGAAUUCUGCGCCAUAGAGAGGAACCCAUAAAAUGGAGGCAGCCAGCAAGGCUGCCAGGAUCUAUUUUCACUGCAUGUUGUUUGUCCUUUAUCUGCACUUUGGAAUUUUAGAGGUACCUGGCAUCCUCCUUUGCAAAAUUUGAAGAGCAUCUUGUCCUACCUGAAAACAAUAAACACCUUCCUGGUA